UAAUAAGAACAUGCAACUCUGCCGAUUUUGACAAUGCAUGGUAACCCUGUCAAUUUCCGUCCUCCAUCUUUCUGCAUUGGGUUUUCACGAUGCCGCCUAAGAAGGACGCAAAGUCGUCGGCCAAGCAGCCGCAAAAGACACAAAAGAAGAAGGAGGGCUCCGGUGGCGGCAAGGCCAAGAAGAAGAAGUGGUCCAAAGGCAAAGUCAGGGAUAAGCUGAACAAUCAAGUUCUGUUCGAUAAGGCCACCUACGAGAAAUUAUACAAGGAGGUGCCCGCUUAUAAACUGAUCACACCCUCGGUUGUCUCUGAGCGAUUGAAGAUCCGUGGCUCUUUGGCCAAGCGCGCUCUAAUUGAGCUGCGCGAAAAGGGUCUCAUUAAGCAGGUCGUGCAGCAUCAUUCCCAGGUCAUCUACACACGUGCCACCAAGGGUGAUGAGGCGUAAAUUUAGUUUUACCACACAUCUACAGUGCCGCACGCGAUUUUACAAUAUAACAAUUGAUUGUAUGGAAGUACCAAGGCUCUGCUACAUGUAGUAGAAUGUUGAAUAAACUUGCUUUUUGAUG